UCGAGGUGAGAAGCCAGCCUGUGGCUAUUCAUUCAUAUACAACAAGAACACGACACGAGCCAUUAUUGGCAUCUCAAAAUACUCUUCUUUCUAUCGUUCCAUUUCUUAUUCUUCUGAAUGUGUUCGAAUUAUUUGCUCAAAUGAAAUCCAUAGCUAAAAAUCAGAGGGCAAUGCUGCAUUUGCAGCGUAACCCAAUUUUCUUGAUUCUUGCAGUAAUUUUCUUCUUGUUCUCUCAAAUCUGUGCUGUUUCAGCAGCAGAAAAUGGCAUUGACUUGGAUGAUAUUGAUAGAGAUAUGAAGAACUUAACGCUCGAAAAUCCGAGUAUUCGACAAGCUUACAUUGCUUUACAAGCAUGGAAACAGGCUAUUUUUUCUGAUCCUUUCAACUUCACAGCAAACUGGACAGGUUCUGAUGUUUGCUCCUAUGGUGGAAUCUUCUGUUCCCGGUCUCCAAUGAAUGCCUCCAUGCGAGUCGUGGCUGGGAUUGACCUAAACAAUGCGGACAUUGCAGGGUACCCCCCGGAUGAGCUCGGGUUGUUGACUGAUCUGGCCCUUUUCCACAUCAACUCUAAUCGAUUCUGCGGUGUGAUUCCAAAGAAUUUCAAGAAAAUGAAUCUUCUUUUUGAGUUGGAUGUCAGUAACAAUCGCUUCGAAGGGAGAUUCCCUCAUGUGGUUCUGUCCUUGCCUGAAUUGAAAUUCUUGGACCUCAGGUUCAAUGAAUUCGAGGGACCUGUCCCCACUAGGCUUUUCGACAAACCCCUCGACGCCAUUUUCUUGAACAACAACAGAUUCCGGUUUGGAAUACCAGAAAAUCUUGGAAAUUCUCAGGUUUCUGUUUUGGUAUUGGCCAACAAUAAUCUUGGGGGUUGCAUUCCAGGCAGCAUUGGCAAAAUGGGUAAAACUUUAAAUGAAUUGAUCUUGAUGAAUGAUAAUCUAACUGGUUGUUUACCUCCAGAGAUUGGAAUGCUGAAGAAAUUGACAGUAUUUGAUGUUAGUUUCAAUAAUCUCCAAGGGCCAUUGCCUUCAGGUAUUAGCCGUAUGAGGAGCUUGGAACAGCUAGAUGUGGCACACAACCGCCUCACUGGAGAGGUGCCCGCCACCGUGUGCCACCUUCCCCAGCUGCUCAACUUCACUUACUCAUUCAAUUACUUCACUAAGGAGGCCCCGGAAUGCACUAAAUUUGGUGGAGGGACAGUGGCAGCUGGGCGGGAGAAUUGUAUAUCGGGGAAGAGUGAUCAAAGGUCUGUUAAAGAGUGCUCAUCGGAUGCUGCUAAGCCGUUUGAUUGUAGCAAGUCCAAGUGUGGCGGUGGCGGCAGAAGCUUCGGGAUGAAGCCUAAACCAAGGAAGAGGCCACCAGUUCAGACAAAGCCGCCAUCUCCGAAGCCAUCUACUGGGCCAAGGCCUUUCCCCAAGCUUGUUUCGCCGCCACCUCCGCCCACUUCAAGGUCUUCACCAUCCACGAGAUCACACCCUCCACCACCUCCAACUCCAAUUCCAAAGCCGACACCAACACCAUCUUAUCAUGCACCGCCGCUGCCGCCUACCCACAAAGUCUCUCCAGUAACUCGCCUUCCACCACCUCCGCCCCCAACUUACCACUCUAAGCCCACAAAGAAUUUACCUCCACCCCCACCACCUCGGCAUAAGGGCUCACCAAAGACGCACUAUGCAACGCCACCGCCACCGCCACCACCACCACCAACAACAGCUACGCCACCUCAGCAUAAGAGCUCACCCAAGACUCGCUAUGCAUCACCACCAUCUCCACCAUUUUAUGAACAUGUGACACCAUCACCACCUCCACUGCCCUCUCCCUCUCCCUCGCCUCCACCUCCACCUCCCUACACAUAUCCAUCCCCGCCACCACCUUCUCCAUCACGUCCUCCACCCUACAUAUAUUCAUCCCCACGACCACCUUCUCCAUCACCUCCCCCACCCUACAAUUAUUCAUCACCCCCUCCACCUUCUCCAUCACCACCACCACCCUACAUAUAUUCAUCGCCCCCACCACCCUCACCAUCACCGCCUCCACCAUCCCCUGGAUGCAGUGAAUCAACAUCACCUCCACCCCUGACAGCACAGGACCGGCCCUGACCUCCACCACCUCCUUAUGUAUAUUCAUCUCCACUAGCACCCUCUCAGUCAACUCCCCCACCCUAUACAUAUUCAUCCCCACCACCAACUUCUCCAUCACCUCCCCCACCACAUAUAUAUUCAUCACCCCCACCACCUUCUCCAUCACCUCCACCAUCCUACAUAUAUUCAUCGCCGCCGCCGCCGCCGCCGCCGCCACCACCCUCACCAUUGCCGCCUCCACCACCAGUGUAUGAAAACAUACCGCUUCCUCCAAUCGAAGGAGUCUCCUAUGCAUCUCCUCCACCCCCUGUUAUUCCAUACUACUGAAAUGGUGCCCAGUUAUAGUCCAUCCUAUACUGCCAUCUUUCUCCUCUCUUAUAUUCCAAAAAGUGUUCCAUGAAAACAUAAGAUACAGUUCUUUUCUGCAGUUAAAGGGAGUGGUUGUGCUUCUGAUGAUCCGUGGUUCCAUUUUGGAGGGCUCCUGCUUCAACAAUAACUAGAAUAGUUCUAUUUGUUAAUUAUUAAGUUUUUAUUGUUCAUAAUUGCAACUUAUAUUCUUCAAAAGUCAUCUUUUAUUGAUAUACAACAGUUACCAAAUGUUCUUUUUUU